CGACAUUUGUAUACCACAGCAUGAAUAUCUCUUUCGUAUCUGUAAUCGUUGAGCUGAAAACCCUAAUGACGAGCCUACAUUCUUCACCGAUCUCGUCGAUCGGAUAUUUGCCUCGACGAUCCAUUAGAGCUUCCCGACAUCAUCGUGUUCUUGUCGAAGCCCAGAAGAUUCACGUCCCGACAGAAGAUGACGGCUCCUGCAGGUUUUGUUCUUGCGGAAGACGGCGUUUUCUCCGAGCUGCUGCCACGACGCCGUUUCUUCCCCUCCAUCCCCUCGACGCUUCCGCUUCCACGGCGGAUGGUUUCAAAAGAAUUCACCCUCCAAGGCCUGGUUGGUACGAAGAACUCUCUGCUUGGUCGAUGAACACAGGGAUGCAAUCUUAUGAAGCAGAGAUUGCCGGCUACAAGAUGAAGCUCUUUGAUAAUUUGGUGGGGAAAGCAGAGCAAGUGUUGGAGAUUGGCAUAGGAACAGGCCCUAAUCUCAAGUACUACGCUUCUAUUCCAAAUGUAUCAGUCCUUGGUCUGGACCCGAAUGCUAAAAUGGAGAAAUAUGCCCGGAAAUCCGCUGCAGAGGCCGGUCUGAAACCCGAAGACUUUAGAUUCAUUCGUGCGGUUGGAGAGGCUAUGCCAUUAGGUGACGCCUCCAUUGACGCGGUCAUUGGAACACUCGUCCUUUGCUCGGUCUCGGACGUGGCCCGAACACUCGAGGAGAUAAAGCGAGUGCUGAGACCUGGAGGGGUUUAUCUGUUCAUAGAGCAUGUUGCAGCUGAAGGUAUCAGAUCAAAAACCCUUUUCGAAAAUCCAUUGCAGAGGGACGACGAACGUCGAUUUUUGUCUUUCCGGGUGGGAUUUAAACUUUGUGCAGAUGGAUCGGCUCUUAGGUUUGUGCAAAAUGUGUUGGAUCCAUUGCAAGAAAUAGUUGCAGAUGGAUGCCACCUCACCAGAAGAACUGGAGAUUCCAUCUCAGAAGCUGGAUUCAGUGGAGGUGCAGAAAUCAACAAGGUCUCCUUGUCUAGUGUCUCAUAUAUAAGCUCUCAUGUAUAUGGAAUAGCUUAUAAUUAAUAUAUAUAUCAAAGGAAUAUUCACUAUAUAAAAAAUAAAUAUCUAUACGUUACAGUGACGAUGAAAAUCUAAAUAACUUGUAACUUUUGUGUUCUGUUUGCUAUAUUGAAAGAGAACA